AUGGCGAAUGAAAAGACACAUCAGAUCCCCGGACCUGAUCAGGGGUUGGGGUCAAAUCCCGGACCCGACGAUGGACAGCAUGAGCAAGAGACUCCGCAACCUAGAAACAAAACAGAUGAGACGCCUGGCGGUGAUAUCCCACCGACUGCAAGCGCCAUUGAAGACACUGCAGCCCCGGAUAUCCAAGAGCCAACCAAACGGAGUGCUCUUCGACGAGCGUGGGAGUGGAAGCCCAAACCAGCUCGCUAUGACCCCGAGAACCCUCCCAAGUUUACCAUAUGGCUGAACCUACUAUUUGCGUUUGCAGCCUGCUUCACCGUCGCCAACCUCUACUACAACCAAGCCAUCCUCAACCGCAUCGCCGAAACCUUCCACGUAACCUUCGAAAAAGCCUCCUCCGUCGCCACCUCAUGCAAGCCGGUUACGCCAGCGGCCUGA